UGGACGGCCGACUUCACCCACGAGCUCUUCCGCUUCGCCCUGGAGUCCGUGUGCCAUGUGCUAUACGGGGAGCGACUGGGGCUGCUAGAGGACUUUGUGGACCCCGAGGCUCAGCGCUUCAUCGACGCCGUGACCCUGAUGUUCCACACCACCUCACCCAUGCUCUACCUGCCACCCGCCCUCCUCCGCCACCUCAAUGCCAAGACGUGGCGGGACCAUGUCCAGGCCUGGGAUGCCAUCUUCUCCCAGGCGGACAAAUGCAUACAAAACGUCUACCGGGAUCUGCGGUUGCAACGCAAGAGCACCAAGGAGUACAUGGGCAUCCUCUGCAACCUCAUCAUGCAAGACAAACUGCCCUUGGAUGACAUCAAGGCCAGCGUCACCGAGAUGAUGGCGGGCGGGGUGGACACGACCUCCAUGACGCUGCAGUGGGCCAUGUUCGAGCUGGCACGGUCCCCGGGGGUCCAGGAGCAGCUGCGGGCAGAGGUCCUGGCUGCCAAGCGGGAGGCAGCCGGGGACAGGGUGAAGAUGCUGAAAACCAUCCGGCUGCUCAAAGCUGCCAUCAAGGAGACGCUCAGGCUGCACCCCGUGGCGGUGACCCUGCAGAGGUACACCACUCAAGAGGUCAUCCUCCAGGACUACCGCAUCCCCCCCAAGACGCUGGUGCAGGUCGGUCUCUAUGCCAUGGGCCGGGAUCCUGAGGUCUUCCCCAAGCCGGAGCAGUUCAGGCCCCAGCGAGCCGGCCCCAAGCACUUCAAGGGGUUGGGGUUCGGUUUCGGACCCCGCCAGUGCCUGGGGCGCCGGAUCGCCGAGCUGGAGAUGCAGCUCUUCCUCAUGCAGAUCCUGGAGAACUUCAAGAUUGAAACCAUGAGAGCGGUGGAAGUCGGGACCAAGUUUGAUCUCAUCCUGAUCCCAGACAAACCCAUCUACUUGACCUUACGGCCACUUGAGUCCCAGGC